CCGUGAAAACGAAAUGAUUCUGAAACUAGUUACACUUACUUUCGUGUCGUGCGUAGUCGGUGAUUCAUGUGUGAAGUACGAUUUCGAAGAAGGUUUUAAUGAUUUUUUUAGUAAUUACGGAGUGUGUAACAUCAUGCCCUUAUGGAUUAUCGGCGAGUAUAGUACUUUGGGUUUGACUAGUCCAGUUGAGCAGAGUACCAAAUUCAUCACACCUCAUACAACAAUGAGUUGUGCAUCAUCGCACUUAUUUACAAUGAACGCAGGUGGUAGAAUUGAAUUCAACAUUUAUAUGGAACGAACAGAUGUUAAUGAUCAGAUACAAAUAUUGGCGAACCAAGAGCUGCCUGAUGGUUCAUCAUUUGUAACAGGAAUGAAUUUUGCUAAUCUUGUGAAUGGAUGGGACAUUUUAAAUGUACCCCUAGUUGGCCCAAAUUCUUAUGAAGGAUACGUAUCCAUUAUGGGCAUGGCAUCGGCUGAUUCAAUUGUUUUAGUUGAUUCAUUCCGAUAUUUACCCCCUAAUAUGAGUAACAGUUCAUGUCCCUUCUAUGGAGAUGAUCCAGAGCCAACAACUACACCAGAGCCAACUACUACUCCAGAGCCAACAACUACACCGGAGCCCACGACUACUCCAGAGCCAACAACCACCCCCGAACCUACAACGACUCCUGAACCUACCACUACUCCUGAACCUACAACUACUCCUGAACCUACAACUACUCCUGAACCUACAACAACUCCGGAACCUACAACAACUCCGGAACCUACAACUACUCCGGAACCUACAACUACUCCGGAACCUACAACUACUCCGGAAACUACUCCGGAACCUACAACUACUCCGGAACCUACAACUACUCCGGAACCUACAACUACUCCUGAACCUACAACAACUCCAGAGCCAACUACUACUCCGGAACCUACAACGACUCCUGAACCUACCACUACUCCUGAACCUACAACUACUCCUGAACCUACAACAACUCCGGAACCUACAACAACUCCGGAACCCACAACAACUCCAGAGCCAACUACUACUCCAGAACCAACAACAACACCGGAACCCACAACAACUCCUGAGCCAACAACUACUCCAGAACCAACAACAACACCUGAGCCCACAACAACUCCGGAGCCAACAACAACUCCAGAACCAACCACCACUCCGGAACCUACAACUACUCCAGAACCAACCACCACUCCCGAACCUACAACAACUCCAGAGCCAACAACAACUCCAGAACCACCAACUACUCCGGAACCAACAACAACACCGGAACCCACAACUACUCCGGAGCCAACUACUACUCCGGAACCUACAACUACUCCGGAACCUACAACUACUCCUGAACCUACAACUACGCCGGAGCCAACAACAACUCCAGAACCAACCACCACUCCUGAACUCACAACAACUCCUGAACCUACGACUACUCCGGAACCUACAACAACUCCAGAACCAACUACCACUCCUGAACCCACAACAACUCCAGAGCCAACAACUACUCCAGAACCAACAACAACGCCAGAACCCACAACAACUGCGGAACCAACUACCACUCCUGAGCCCACAACUACUCCGGAGCCAACUUCUACUCCGGAACCUACAACUACGCCGGAACCUACAACUACGCCAGAGCCAACAACAACUCCAGAACCUACAACGACUCCUGAACCUACAACUACUCCAGAACCUACAACGACUCCUGAACCUACAACUACUCCAGAACCUACAACUACUCCUCAACCUUCAACUAAUCCGGAACCCACAACUACUCCGGAACCUACAACUACUCCUGAACCUACAACUACGCCUGAACCUACAACAACUCCAGAGCCAAGUACUACUCCUGAACCUACAACUACUCCGGAACCUACUCCUGAACCUACAACUACUCCUGAACCUACAACUACUCCGGAACCUACAACUACUCCGGAACCAACCACCACUCCUGAACCGACAACAACUCCGGAGCCAACUACUACUCCGGAACCUACAACAACUCCUGAACCUACAACUACUCCUGAACCUACAACUACUCCUGAACCUACAACUACUCCGGAACCUACAACUACUCCGGAACCUACAACCACUCCUGAACCUACAACUACUCCUGAACCUACAACUACUCCGGAACCUACAACUAUUCCAGAACCUACAACUACUCCGGAACCUACAACCACUCCUGAACCUACAACUACUCCUGAACCUACAACUACUCCGGAACCUACAACUACUCCAGAGCCAACUACUACUCCGGAACCUACAACUACUCCUGAACCUACAACAACUCCAGAACCUACAACUACUCCUGAACCUACAACUAAUCCGGAACCCACAACUACUCCGGAACCUACAACUACUCCUGAACCUACAACUACGCCUGAACCUCCAACAACUCCAGAGCCAAGUACUACUCCUGAACCUACAACUACUCCGGAACCUACCACCACUUCUGAACCCACAACUCCACAGUCAACUACUACUCCGGAACCUACAACUACUCCAGAACCAACAACAACACCGGAACCCACAACAACUCUGGAGCCAACAACUUCUCCAGAACCAACUACCACUCCAGCACCAACCUCUACUGCAGAAUCAACAACGAAUUCUGAACCAACCACAACUUCACUGCCAACAAAUGAUUGUGAUCUUGCAAAUACCAACAGUUUUUGGACACCACUUACUAUUACAAUGGUUGUUCUACUAUCACUCAUAAUCCUUGUCCUUAUAUGUCUGCUAUUUUAUGAAAUUGGACGAAGAAGAGCUAAAGCUGCAGCAGUUGCCAAGAUAAGUGCAAGUUUAGAUUAUGAAGACAUUUCAAGCACUUUUAAAGUACCACGUGUAAAACAUGUAUUCCCUGACGUCAAUACAAAUCCAUACGCAAGAAGUAGUUCAUUUUUACCUUAAUAAAUUCUUGUUUUCAAUCAAGAUCAUGCGAGAAAUUUAUGAAUUGCAGAUGGAUCAGAUUUAGGUCCACAUUAAAAAGAACAAGCAAUUUGCUCUUUCCGGUGGAUUAAUUCUGGAUAUGAGCUAUAUCUUAAGUUGAAUUUACGAGCGAGUCCAUAUGGAGAAGGUAAAAGCUUAAAAAAUUACUACUUAUUUUCUAUCUUAAUACCUAUUAAUGAAAGUCGUGUUCCUUACAGUAUUUGUAAGUCUAGAACGGCUAAAUCAAUUUGGUUGAAAAUUGAUGGGGAAGUAGCAUAGAACCAAGAGUCAGACAUAAGACACUUUUUAUCCAAGGACUUCCUGAAAAUCCUACGGGAACGGGAUAAAUCGGGAUUGCGUGCAAGAAGUCGCGGGCAGAAGCUAGUUUCUUAUAAAACAGUGACUGGUUUCGUUUUUGUAACAUUUGGGGAAUAAAGCAAUUGGGAUGAUGAUAGGGUAUGAAAAUUAAAAAUAUAAUUAGUCCAUAAGUUAGGUAAUG